AAAUUAGGAUCGCAAAUCCUAUUCCGCGCCAACACAAUAAUCAACGUUUUUAGCCGGGAGCCUGCGUGCGUGUCUUACGCCGUAUCUCAUUUAGGAUCUCUUUGUGCUCGAAGGUUUGUGAAUCUUUAUUAUUUUUCUUAUCACAAAAACCUGCUUGAUAAAAACAAUACUGAGAAGCAGAUGUCAUAGUAGCAUUCAAACAACUGAACAGUUUUCCUUUACAAAAAAAUUCCUACACAAAAGCUAUGCUUUAUUGUAAGUUAUUUAACUUGUGUUCCACUUUUAACCCGUGAAUGCUUGCAAGUCAUUUACGGGUUAUCUGGGGGACUUCUGUGUGUUAACGCUAUAAUUCUUCUCAUAAGGUGGGAGGCCCUUGUUAGCGGUUCAUCUUGCCAUUAUUUUAAUUGAAAAAAAAAAUACAGUACGUUAUAUUGAACCCGCAUUUUAUUUUCAUCUAUUUUAUUAUCCACAAGCGGGUUAAACUAUAUCCUUCAACUUCUCUUUCUCCGUUUUUUUUUAUUUCCAGGCCUGUUGCUGGUAUGUAGCACGAGACGACUUCCGAUUACUGUUAAAAGGGUCACGCUAGUUUUCUGAAGAUUAACCUUUGCUUUAAAGGGCUGAAUGACAAAUUCCUGGGCUUAAAAAGGUUUAUGUUCAAGGACUGUAUUAAGUUUCGAUGGUACGAUUUACCAAAACCACAAAGUCGAAAGAGUGUUCCAUGAAUAUCGGGUGCGUUUACUUCCAAAACCUGUAUGUUACUAUAAACAUUUUUUGUAUGUGCUUUGUAUGUGUUUGUCGUCUUUGUACGUAACAACCAAUUACGACUUUUUUGUUAAAAAAAAAAUGUAUUUACUGGCAAAACAAAAUUAUAAAUUUCGGUUUAUCAAGAAUUAAAGUAUGUUUAUAUUGGAUACAUUUUUUAAAUUGAAUUAUUAUUUUGAAGUGUACCGUUUUAGAGCUUAUGAAAAGCCACUUAAUGAUAUUAGCGUUAACGUUUUAAUUCCAUUAGGCGGUCCAGGUACCGAUACGAUAACGUCACCCUGUUAGAUUGUUUGCCAACCUAAUUGUCCACAUCCGCCAGUUAUCACAUAAUUUCAAUUUACUUUUUACCAACAGAUUUACAGCUUAAAUGAUAUACGGCAAAAUAAACAGCUAUUGAACUAAAUAGCGCUGGUGAAUAUUGUAUCUAUAUAAAUGGUUGUCUUGUGUUUAUUUACAACCCCGAGUAAUCCAGGAGGUCCGAGGCGUUGUGAAUUAUUAAAAAAUGGUCAAUUCUUCCACCCAUUGCGGCUUCAUAAAAGUAAACCUGCCAAUUUUAAGUGCAAAGUGCUGUUUAUCACCUCCACACGUUUCUCUGUUGGCGGCUUGUUACUUGUCGUCUUAUAAAGUUCAAGGAAAAUCGCAAGGCAGCUCGCAAACCCACAGUCAUGGCUUGCCGUAUGUCAAAAACACGUUAUUUCUUGCAGGAAUGGAUUUUUAAAGGCGACAAAAUGAAAUUAAUCCUACUCCUUGGAUUGUUCUAUAUGGUGGAAUGCUACAGUAAUCCUAGUCCAAACAGUAAUCAAACAGUAUCAAGGAUUCUCGAUAGCAUCUUAACAGCUGAAAAGUAUGACAAACGCCUUCGCCCUAAUUACGGAGCCGGUCCAGUGAUCGUGACGGUUGGAUUCUGGGUUUUAUCCAUUGAUACUAUCAAUGUCGUCGAUAUGGACUACACUCUGGAUAUCUUUCUUCGUCAGUCGUGGGUCGAUGAGAGGCUAAGCCAUGACCUUAACACCACCAUGUUCCUGAGUAACACCGUCAUGGACAAGAUUUGGCUUCCAGAUUCUUACUUUGUCAACGCAAAACAAGGAAGCUUCCACAAGGUUACCAAGGACAACAUGAUGGUGAUGAUACAGCCGGACGGGCAAGUUCAGUACAAUGCCAGGGUUACAAUACGCGCCUCGUGCCCCAUGAAUUUACGCAAGUUCCCGAUGGACACUCAACAUUGUCCUCUUACAUUGGAAAGCUACGGUUACAGUUCAGACCAUAUCGUGUUUAAAUGGGAGAUUGAGGACGGGGAUGGCCUGGGCUUCGUCCCCGAAAGCUUGAAAAUGCUGCCACAGUACAAGCUCGCUCGUGUGCACUUGAGUACCCUUCACAACGAAUAUGUAGUAGGGAACUGGUCUGGCAUCAAAGCGUUGUUCACGUUCGAGCGCAUGUACAGUUACUUCGUUAUCCACGUGUACGGCCCGUGCGCGCUCAUCGUAGUAGUGUCGUGGGUGUCGUUCCUGUUGCCAAAGGAACAGGCGCCUGCGCGUAUUACACUGGGAGUGACCUCUGUCCUGACCGUCGUCACUAUUCUCAACAUGCUCAAUAACUCCAUGCCCAAGGUAAACUACGUAAAGACUAUCGAUAAAUAUUUGAUUGGCUGCUUUCUUUUCGUGUUUGCUACGUUGGUUGAAUAUUCCCUGGUGCUAUGGCUUACAAAGUCCUACAAAAAGUAUAACAAGGCAAAGGAAGAGCUGAGCAAAUCCCGGGGGAAAUCCCACCCCUUCGAUGAGCAGUACGACGGGGAUCGAAAUACCCAAAUCGCGCUGAUGGAUAUGCCCCACGAGAAUGACGUCGUUGUUGAGAUGAAUGGACGGCACGCGGCACCAAGGCACCGUAAAAUCAGAUGUCAAUCACCGCAGGAACCCAGCAUUCGCUGCGAGCCCAUCAAGCGCACUCUCCUCAACGAAGCGUUCGUCCAACACGUAGACGAGUAUGCUCUCGUGCUAUUUCCUGGGUCGUUUGUAAUAUUUAAUGCUGUCUAUUGGUUUUCGGUCAUGUCAUUUGAUCAAAUUUUUGGGUCUUGAUUUUAAGGGGCUAUAUUUACAUUAUAAUCUGCGCAUCCAGUCUGCGCAUGGAAUUUAAAACUCUUCGUGGAUCCCUUAGAGGUUUGAGAUCAGGAGAACCGUGCGCAAACAGGAGAUUCGUGUGGUAUUCUUCAGGCUAGCCGUCACUCCUUUAAUGGUGGAUUUGCAGUUAACUGCAUUCCCGAGGAUCCAGCGUCUUUGCUGGCGCUCCCAAAGGUCAACUGAAAACGCUGUCAAUUUUUUGCAUGCAAACGGCCUGCAUACGUUGUGCCUGAUGUUUCUGUAUGGCGUGUCUCAUACUGAAACAUAAGCCGUUUAGGACAAGGUUUGGUGAUUCAUCUGGAUACAGACCCUAGUUUUUAGACAAAUAGCAAAAGCGUGAUACACCUAUUCCAAAAGGUUGCACUCGAAUAACCCGUCGUAACCCGCAUUGCUUAAUGGGAAUUAAAUUAUUAAGAAAAUAAACGUAAAAAAAUGCUCAUCAGACCCCACAAAAGGUGUUGGUUGCUCUAGACAGCAGGACGGUGGCCAUGGAAGUUGGAAUCCGAUAAUGGGCCUGUAUUACAUUCAGUGAGAAGAUUUUAGCCAUUUAUACUCUACACAUGAACCACUGCCGGCUACGACACAUGAAUUGUCAUGAGCAACCUUUUUUAUUCCUAAAAGAGAUGGAUAUUUAAAAAAAUUGCACAUCCUCGGGGAGCGCGGAGCGAUAAAGAAACAGGCUGAAAGAAGCCCUGGGCAACUGCUCUGUAAAAGCUAUUUCUAAAAACUGCAGCUAACUCGCUCUCUGAUUGGUCUCAUUAUAAUUCAAUUAAAAUUAGACCAAUCAGAGCGCUCCUUGUUAACCAGAAAAACAACAGACCUCGCGCGUAGUAACACUUUACAAACACCUUAAUAACAAAUCCUACUCGGUUUGGUAAAAGUCACACGAUCAGAUUUUGCCUUGAGUCUGCGAAGGGUUACGCGAGCAGGGAGAAACUUGGGCACAAUAUCAGAUCAUGUCUUUGCUCGCUCAGCUUUCACUCCUUUUUUCCUUCUCGCGCGUUCCCUGUUUGCCCGAUCUCCGCGACGCCUUGGGUCCCCGAGGAUGAAAACUGCACGGUGGUGGUACAAUGCACCAACGCCUUUUUGUCAAAAAAUUGUUAGUAAAAACGCAACGCGAGAUUAAAGUUCAUUUUGUCGA